GUGGAGGUGCUGGGGCUGUGGUACCGCUGCCUCGUGGUGAGUCGCCGCGCCCGGGAGUACCGCGUGUUUCACGUGGUGGUCACAUCUGCCUAUUACCUGGCGCGAGGCAGCGCGGAGCUCUUCCAGCCGCCCCCGGAGGUGCUGGGCUGUAUCGUAGCCGGUGUCGUGCCCUCCCGGGGCCCCAGGGGCGCGGCCUUCAGUGGGGAUUUGCCGUGCUCCAGCUGGACGGCAGAGGCUAUGGAGUUCCUCAGCUUCCUGCACGGCAGGGAGGUGUCUGGCCUGGUGCAGGCGAUAUUGACGCCGCAGCUCAUCGUGCUCGAGUUGCCGCAGCUCGUGGCCCAGAUGUGUCAGCUGGGCCUAGCCAGGCAGGUCCCUUCCCGUCGGUUCUCCCAGGUACUCAAGAGCUGCCUGCCUUUUGGCGCAUUAAAGCAGCAGCUCUGGCCACAGCCUUCAGUGUGUUCUUGUGGAACUGUUGCAGUGCCACAGAUUCUUCAGGUGUUGCUCUCAGAUCAGCCUCUGGCACCUGCCUUAGAUUACUUCUACCCGCAGCUUGAGUUGGGUCUGACAGAGCCUGUCCUUGUGACCCAUGUCUCCAACCCACACCACAUCUGCUGCCAGUUGCAGAGCCUGUCCCGGGAGAUCCGUUACCUUUCUGACACCUUGUGCCAGACCUACAGCCAGUGGGAACAGGAUUUCUUGCCCGAAGUGGGCUCACCCUGUGCUGCUCGUGCCACAGAUGGCCGGUGGUACCGUGCCCUUUUGCUGAAGCUUAUUGCUGGGGAGCAGGACCAGCAGACAGCUCUCGUGAUCCUUGUGGACUAUGGCAGAAAGGAGACUGUGACCAGAGCCAACCUGCGCCAUUUGCCUGCUGAGUGUUUUCGCAUGCCUGUGGUGACUUAUGUGUGUGCUCUUCAGGGUGUUUCAGAUGGAGGCUGUGGCUGGUCCCUAUCGCAGAUUGAUGCACUAAAAGCAUUGGUGCUAGGCAAAGCAGUGAGUGCUCACAUCAAAACCUUUAGCUCCUUUGAGCAUCUCUAUUAUGUGACCCUGUAUGGGGAAAAGGGCGUCAAUUUGAAUCAUCUUUUUGGGUCUCAGGCUUGCUGCCUGGCCACCUGUCAUGAGCAGGGGAGCCAAACUGAGGCUUGUGAGCAGGGGGAGGUAGAAGAAUCCUUAGCUGAAGAAUUGGAAUUGCCACCAGGUCUACUUCCUGUUGUUUCAACACACGGAGAUUUGGCCUCUGCUGCUCUAGCUGGUGUGCAUCUGAAGCCGGGCAGGUUCUACAACACACAGGUCUCCCACUUCCAAGACCCAUCAGAGUUCUGGUUGCAGCUCCUUGAGCAUCAGCAGCUCUUCAGGCAGCUGAGGCAGCGCAUGUGUAAUUUUUACUCCCAUGCCACAAAGCUGUGUGGUGCUGGGUGGGACCCACAGCCUGGAUCCUUCUGUUGUGUCAGUGGGAAUGAGGGUGUCUUUUAUCGAGCAGUGGUCACCAGGGUACUGGCCAGUGGGGUGGAAAUACACCUGGUGGACAGAGGCAGUACAGAAACUGUGGAUUGCUGUGCAGUGCAGGAGCUGCUCCCUUGCUUCAGGGAACUCCCUGCUUUAGCUCUGAAGUGUUGUUUGGCAGGUGUUUCCCCUGUGAGAGGGAGUUGGAGUGAAGCCUCUGUGUUAGCAUUCAGGAAUAUUGUACUGAAUAAAACACUGAAGGUUUGUUUUUUGAGCAUGCAGGGUGGCAAGCAUGUGGUUGAAAUUUUUGUCCAUUCCCAAUUAGGAGAGAAAAGAGUAAGUAAACUCAUGGCACAGGGAGGUUAUGCUGAAUACCAGAGAUGUGAAAUACCAAAGACUCCACAGAAGUCAGGCGAUAAGACUAUGACACAGGCUUCUUCCUUAGCACAUGCUGCAGAGGAAAACCAAAUAAAUGUAGAGGAAAGGCUCAGAGAAAAAUCUGAUCUAGAGAGCAGUGAUAAAGCAUGUGACCCUUACAUGGCUGUGAUGGUCAGAGGGAGCCCUGUUGCAGCCAUUCACAGUUCUAAAAGUAGUGAAUCUCUUCCUGCUCAGGACUGUGAGGGCAAGGAAAACCUGCACAUUGGUUUGAGACAGAGUUACAUAGAAAUUAAGCCAGGGUCCUAUUGUGGAGGCUACUUAGAAGUGGGAAGUACAGUUAAUGUUGUUCUGUCAUAUGUUGAAAAUCCUAGUUUUUUUUGGUGUCAGUUAUCUAGAAAUUGCAAUGACCUUGAGUUACUAAUGGAUGAAAUUCAGGAGUAUUGUAAUAAUUCAUCCCAGCCAUAUGCUUGGCCAGAUCGUGUGUGUUUAGCCCAGUACUCAGAGGAUCAAAAAUGGUACAGGGCUUUAAUUGUUCGUGUAGGACUUUCUGCGGGAAAAGUAGAAGUUGUGUAUGUUGACUAUGGCAACAGAGAGCAGGUGUGUCUGAGAAACCUCUGUGCAAUUAAUGAACGCUUUCUUCGGUUAGAGGCUCAGGCUUUCAGGUGCAGCCUCUACAACUUAAUCCAGCCCAAUGGUCAGAAUCCCUUUGCUUGGGAUGAAGAAGCAAUUCAGGCUUUUCAGCAGUUUGUUGAUAAGUCAUCAUCUGCACCUGAACUGAAUUGUACAGUGUUUGCCUUGGCUUCAGUAAAUAGUGAGCUGUUUAACAUUGUGGAUAUAUUCACACCUUUUCGGAGUGCUUGCCAGUUUCUGACUGAGAAAGGUUUAGCCAGACCUUCAUUUCCUCAAAAGCAUCUGGUACCCUUGGUUCGCCUUCAUUCUUACUAUUAUUCUAAUCAUGGUCUCAAAACUGGGAGUGAGGAAGAUGUUUGUAUUACGCAUAUUGAGGAUCCAUGGACGUUUUACUGCCAACUGGAAAGGUGUGCAGACACCUUAGCACAGCUUGCUGAUAGCAUCAGUUGCCUGAGUGAAACAAUGAUCAGCACAGGAUCCUUGGCAAAGUCUGAGAGCCUGUGUUUAGCAAGGCACACUGACGGUAGUUGGUAUAGGGGAAUAAUUACGAAAAGAGAUCCUGAGGUGGAAGUCUUCUUUGUGGAUUUUGGGAACACAGCGAUAAUAGGGGAAGAUGAUCUGCUUCCUUUACCCAGUGAUGCUUCUGAUGUCUUGCUUGUGCCAAUGCAGGCCAUAAAGUGUUCUGUAUCUGAUGUGUCUUCUGUUUCCAAAGAAGCUACAACAUGGUUUAAGGAAGCUGUCCUAGAAAGGAAAUUAAAAGCAAUAGUAGUAGCAAGGGACUCUGGUAAUAAACUGAUUGUUGAGUUGUUUGAUGGUAAUACUCAAAUUAAUGCAAAACUGAAGGAGCUAAGCCUAAAAAAUGCAGGACUCUCUAGUCAUAUAGAAAAUGACACUUUGUGCUCUAGAAAGACCCAUGUGAAUGAGAGUCCAGAGUCCCCUUUAAAUGCAGGCAGGCCUCUUGAAAGCAAAAAACACACAUCUGAAGCUCAGGGAGGACAGGAGAGCGAAAGGCACUUCAAAGAAGAAGAUGCAAACUUUUUCCAUCCCUCUACAAAGGGAGAUCUGGCAGCUGGAUUAUUACAACCUAAUGAAAUGCUUAGCAGUAAGAAGGGUGCUAUUUUGUUAGAUAAAGCAGGGGAGGAGUCUCUGCUAUCUGUCCAGAUGAAUGCACAGCCAGAUAUUAAAUUCGAUGCCAAAGACAGGUCUAUAACACUGAAAAAUUUAUCUGAUCUACCACAACAGAAGAUAGUUCCAGCUUUUAAAGCCUUAGCGUAUGUGUCUCAUGUCAAUAAUCCGCUGGAUUUUUAUGUUCAGCUAGAAAGUGACAAGGUACGGCUUCACAGCAUUUUAGAAAGUUUAAAUAAAGGGACACCAGCAAAGGACCCUUGUGGACAACUUGUCCAAGCAGGAGAUUUAAUCAGUGCUGUUUAUUCACAAGACAACCUGUGGUAUCGAGCUGUAGUAGAAGAGAAGACUUCUGACAAUUUGAUAAGUGUACGUUAUAUUGAUUAUGGUGAUACUUCAGUAAUUAGUGUAGAUCAAGCAUGUAGACUCCCUGAGAACUUGUCAUCUAUCCCAGCAGUAGGCAUUUGCUGCUUCCUAGGUGGACUUCAAUGCAAAAAAAAUAUAAAGUGGGUGGAGAAAGCAGUGCUUGACUUCGCGGAGAGAACAAGUGAAACCCUGCUGUUGUGUGAAUUUGUAGAGAAGCUUGAGGAUAAGUGGGAAGUUAUUCUCAGUGACUGUCGAGGUAUAAUAACAAUGGAUUUAGCUGGUGAAGAUCUUGCAAGUACAGAAAGAUCCUGUUCUGCAGAAAUAAUUGAUAAAAGAGAGAACAGUGAUACAACUGUGUGUGAGCCUUUGCCUCCUCAGGCACUAAGUGAAAUUUCCUGUGUAAGUGACUGCAAAUCAUUUAUCUGGAAGUUUCCCGAGGCAGGUCAGACUUUAAAAGUUUAUGUCACAGUGGUAAACGGUCCAGAAUACUUCUGGUGUAACAGUGCUGAUAGCCAAGACCUGAGCUACAUUGAGGAAAAAAUAAAGCAAGCUGAAAACCAUGGACUGAGCUCUUUGAACAAUGACAGAUCUUGUAUUAAAAGUGGUGAUAUGUGUCUAGCAAAAUACAGUGAAGAUGGAAGGUUCUACAGAGCUCAAAUCAGCAGUGUAAAAGAUGACAGUGUAGUUGUUAGACAUGUGGAUUAUGGAAGUGAGGAAGCUGUUAGCAUGGAGAUGGUCCGACAGCUUCCAUGUGAAUUGCUUAGAGUACCUGGGCAAGCAUUUGCUUGCUGUCUGUCAGGUUUCAGUCCCUCAGAGGGCUCAUGGCUUAGUGAAGCAAGUGAGAAGUUUUAUGGUAUGACUGAAGAUGACUUGUUAGAAGCUGAAGUAAUAGAAACUCAGGAAGAUAAAGAUUCUGAAGUUCCUCUGUGUGUUGUCAAGCUGGAGGCUUCUGGCAUUAGUAUUAAUGAAGAGAUGAAGCCCUUCUGGAAGGCUAGUAAAGGAACUGGUGACAGCACGUCCUCAAACCUUGAGAGCUCCUUAAAGGAAAACAGAUGUUUGAACACUGAUACGGGGAUUUGUCUGCAAAAAGAAACUACUGCUGUUUGUGGAUUAGCUCAGGAAGAAAGUGGAGAUGCUGUACACUGUUCAGAACCUUUCCUGAGUGUACCUUCUGAGCUCUUAGAUACUGCAGAAGCAGAUACGUCAGUGGGAGCUACCAGUGGGAAGACUGAUGAGGGAUAUGAAACAGAGCAUCAGAACAGCUUUGAUAGAGAGAUGCCUCUGUCCAAAGUGGAGAGUGAGGACAGUGUGUUACUAGAACCAAGGAGAGGAUGCAGCCCUUCUCCCCCUACUCUGGGGAGCGAAAUGAAAGUUGCAGAACAAGAAUUGUCUGAAGUACUGUUUGGAGAGGAUGCUGACCUGAAAGCAGAACUGACAGGCAGUGCUUCAGCCACCAGUCUUUUCCUGGGAAACAAACAAGAACUGCAAAUGGCGGUGCUCGAGGCACAACCCUUUUCAAGUGAUGGAACAGGGAUGUCAGUAGAACUGGAUCUAUUAGAAACACACUAUUCAUGUGAUACAGAAGAGCUCCUGCUGGAGCUAAAGGUACAUUCAGGGAAGUCCUUUGGUGAAAUAGCAAAGGAAGCAUUGCAAACAAAGUCAGUUGAAAUGCAGACAGGGUCAGACAGUGAAGCAAGAGAGAUGUUGGAACAGGAAUUGCUGGAGCUGCCAGUUGUGAGUGAGGAGAUAGGGCAUUUGACAGCUCGGAAUUUUCUUGAAAUUUUACCGUCACUUAGUAAGAAAGAAAACUUGGUGCCUUCAGUUAGUGAUGGAGAGAAGUCAGUAGAGCUGAUUCCAUCUGAUGUUAAGCUUUCUUUGGGAAAGAAAGCAGAAAAUCUGGAAGUGAACUUGUCUGGAAUUCAUAAAUCAGAGGCUAUAAAGGAUGACUGGGUGGAAGCAGACCCUCCUUCUCUAAGGUUCUCAUCAUCUGGUGGUGGACCUGAGAAAGAACUGCAGCUGAAGACCAAUGGCAGGUGGUCAAUGCUAGGUGCCAAGGUUGAGCACUUUAUGGAACUGCUGCCGCCUGAUGUGCAGCCAUCUCAGGAAGACAGGGAGGAGGAUAACUUGUUAUCGUUGAAACAUGCUGCACUGCAUAGUUCUGCAAAUAGUGGACGUCAGUUUUCAUUUCUUACAAAGGACUCAACAAAUCCAAGGCCUGUUUUCACUGUACAGUCAUGUGACUGCGAAGUUGAGAAACAUCAGGGGUGGCAGAAGAAAGAUGAUGAAGAAAAACGUGUGGAAGAAUGGAUGAAACAAAACUUGACUGAGUCAUUUAAAGAGUGUGGAAAUACGCAUGUGUGGUCAUCAGACUGUAAGCCUGGAGAUGAAGAGAAGCAAAACAAGACCUUGGCUGACUGCAGUGCAGCACCCCAAGACUAUACAAAUAAUUUGAAGGGCUUUGCUGUUGGUUCCAAAUGCGUGGUGUGGACAUCUCUCAAAUGGUGUGAGGCUCGUAUUUUGGAGGUCUCUGGAAUAGGUACCAGGGUCUUGAAUCUCUGCAGUGGUAAUGAAGAGAUUGUGGAUCCUGAGAACGUCUGGAAUGGUAUUCCUGACUCUGCUUCCAGAUCAUCUAAGGCAUUAACCCCUGCAACAGAGAACUUGCAGUCCUUACCAGAGGAGUCCUUACUUCAAGGUAAGUCUACCUUAAGCCUCUCAGAUGGGCAGCAAUGUGAGUACCUGGACAAAGAUGAGUAUUACUGCCAUGAGAGACCUCAGAAGAUCAAGCAGUGCUAA